AUGGAAGUACCAAUGGACCCUCUGUUUCUAGCAUGGAGUUAUUUCAGAAGACGACAAUUCCAGAAAUGCUCAGAUAUAUGCACCAAGGUUUUGGAGGAUAGUCCAUACGACCAGGAACCAGACACCUCACAUCCUAUUUCUGAGGCGGCGUGGAGUUUGAAGACCAGGGCUCUGACAGAGAUGGUGUACAUUGAUGAGGUAGAUGUGGACCAGGAAGGCAUUGCUGAGAUGAUGUUGGAUGAGAGUUCUAUUGCCCAAGUCGCCAGACCUGGGACAUCCCUUAGACUGCCAGGGACAAGUCAAGGAGGUGGACCCACCCCAGCAGUCAGACCAGUGACUCAGUCUGGCCGUCCCAUUACGGGGUUUGUAAGACCCAGUACCCAAUCUGGAAGACCAGGGACUAUGGAGCAGGCUAUCCAGACCCCUCGAACUGCCAGCACUGCCCGCCCAGUCACAAGUGCAUCAGGGAGAUUUGUUCGACUAGGAUCGGCCUCCAUGCUGACAAAUCCAGAGGGACCAUUUAUAAACAUGUCCAGAUUGAAUCUGGCUAAGUAUGCUCAGAGACCAAACUUGUCUAAGACCCUGUUUGAGUAUAUUUUCCACCAUGAAAAUGAUGUGAAAAAUGCUCUGGAUCUAGCUGCUCUUGCCACUGAGCAUGCUCAGUUUAAAGACUGGUGGUGGAAAGUACAGUUGGGAAAAUGCUAUUACAGGCUUGGUUUAUACCGUGAAGCUGAAAAACAGUUCAGAUCAGCCCUCAAUCAUCAGGAGUUUGUGGACACCUACCUCUACCUGGCAAAGGUAUAUCAGCGUCUAGAUCAGCCAAUCACUGCUCUGAAUCUCUUUAAACAAGGCCUCGAUCAUUUUCCGGGAGAAGUGACUCUACUGACAGGCAUUGCUCGAAUUCAUGAGGAGAUGAAUAACGUCACUUCGGCUACAGAGUACUACAAAGACGUGCUUAAACAGGACAAUACACAUGUGGAAGCCAUAGCCUGCAUCGGCAGCAACCACUUCUACACUGACCAGCCAGAAAUUGCCCUACGCUUUUAUAGACGACUGUUGCAGAUGGGGGUGUAUAACUGCCAGCUGUAUAAUAACUUGGGGCUGUGUUGUUUCUAUGCUCAGCAGUACGAUAUGACUCUGUCCUCUUUUGAGAGAGCUCUGGCACUGGUCUCCAGUGAUGAAGAACAGGCAGAUGUCUGGUAUAACCUGGGACAUGUUGCAGUGGGUAUAGGGGACUUGACCUUAGCAUAUCAGUGCUUCAAACUAGCUUUAGCUUUCAAGAAUGACCACGCUGAAGCAUACAAUAACCUAGCUGUGCUGGAGCUACGCAAAGGACGCAUUGAACAAUCUAAGGCAUUCCUACAGACAGCUGCCUCCCUGGCUCCACAUAUGUACGAGCCUCACUUUAACCUGGCCACCCUCUCUGACAAGGUCGGUGAUCUCCAGAGCAGCUAUAUGGCAGCCCAGAAAUCUGAAGAUGCUUUUCCUGAACAUGUUGACACACAACAGAUCCUGAAAAACCUGAGGCAGCAUUUUGCUGUGCUGUGAGUCCUUUAUU